CGCUGUAACUAUACGUUCUCCGCUUGUUGGCAAUCAAGCAUACUGCUGCGCCGGCUCUCUCUAGCCGUCCAUUUGCCGGCGAGGCGCCAAUGCGAAGCCGCCGGCGCGGCGAGCGCGCGACGCGCAUUGUUGUCGCUCGCGUGUGCGCGCGAUUGCAACAGCCGCCGGUCGAUCGGAUUCUCUCGGCCGCGAUCGCGUAUCAUCGAUGUGCCGCAAUCUACGCUGCAUUGUGUUGUGACUUUUGCAAUGUUACAUCGCAUUAUGGUCUCAGAUACACGACUGUUUUUGUGUUUGUUCAACAUAUGCUGUUUAGGGGACCUAAACUAAGUUUAAGGGUUAGGUCGAUCCGGAUCUGCAUAAGCGUAAGCAACGACCGCUCGCACACGCCGCUCAUUUAAGCCCCUUCCUGAGAAGUAGCGACCACCUUGACGAGCGGCCGCGUGGUCAAUAACGUGGCCGAGGGAAGUCACGCGAUUCAGCUGUUCGGCGAGGUAACAGUAACGACCGCAGUAUGGCUGACGAAGGCUCUGACGUGCCCAGAAGGGAGGACGUUGUAGGGGAGGUCGUCGGCAAGGCGACUCAGGAUGAAAAUGAAGGCGAAGACGUCGACAAGAGCCCGAUCACGACGACUACCACGCCGAACGCUUUGAUAACGAGGCAUUUAGGCCCGUGUGACGUUCAACCACACGACACCAAGGUCUCGAUCGUGGGUACCAGGAAGGUCGGCAUGGCUUGCGCCAUCGCGCUCCUCAUGAGACGAAUUGCGAGCGAGGUCUGUCUGAUCGAUCAGAACUUGGACAAGGCUGCCGCCGAAGCCGAAGACAUUCAGCACGCCUCCAUGUUUCUGGGAUGCCCGCUUGUGACUGGCACGUCAGACAUCUACAAGAUAAGAGACUCGUCGGUGGUGGUAAUCGCGGCUUGCGAGAAAAAGCCGGGGGAGAAGCUGGACGUGAAGAACAACGUCGACGUGUUUAAGAGGAUCAUCCCCCUGAUCGCCAAGUUGGCGGGUAAAGCGGUGUUACUGGUUGUAAGUCAGCCGAUCGACGUGAUGUCGUACGUCACUUGGAAGUUGUCCAAGUUUCCGUCGCACCGGGUACUCGGCACGGGGACUUUGCUCGACAGCUGCAGGUUGCAGGAUCUAGUGAGCCAGAAGUUGGGAGUCGCGCGCAAGUCAAUUAGCUGCGUGAACAUCGGUGCGCAGGGUGACACGUCCGUUCCCAUAUGGUCAAGCGUUAACGUGGCCGGCACGAGGAUAUGCGACAUAAACCCGAGAAUGGGCCAAGAGAACGACCCUGAGAAGUGGCGCGACAUCGCCGAAGCUGUAAAUAAAACCGACGCCGAGCUUAAUCGCCGGAAAGACGACAAAGGGCCGGGCUGUUGGGCUCUGGGUUUCUGCACCGCCGAAAUCAUCGACGCUAUAAUCAGGAACACGAAAAUAGUGUUGCCAGUGUCCACGUACAUACAUAGCCGUUCCCACCGGACCGACAAGGACGUGUACAUGUCGGUGCCCUGUGUUCUCGGCCGCGAGGGUGUGUACGCCAAGAUGCGGCAGAACCUAAACGAUCACGAGAAGGCGGCGGUGCAGCGGUGCGCCGACAACAUUCGCGCUGUGCUGCGCGAGUGCGGCAUUUUUUGCGAAACUGAGGAGUGACGAGAGCGAGCCGGGGAAGAGGCGGGAGGGCGAGAGAGGCGGAAGAUCCACGGCGGAAGUCACAAGGGCGAGGGAGAGCAGAGGAUCGGAGGAAGAAGGAGAGGACACAACGGGGUUUAGAAGCGCGUCUCUUCAGCAAUAACGGCGAUUCCGUAGCCGGCGACCGGUUUCCGCGCGCGCGUGCUCUCGAGCGUCACAAUAAACGACAUAUACGAGCAGUGAAACUCGACUUCCUGGAAAAUUAAGGCGGCCGCGCUCUCCUAAGAUUACCCACGAUCGAUCGUUGCUACAUGCAACGCUCAAGCCGCGUAGCUACAAUGUAGCACGCGUGCGGAGGAGCUUAUUACCGAGCACCUCUUUUUCUCGCUCGAUCGAAUUUUGAUUUACGCAGCCGAACGCGAUGCACGGCGGGAAGGUGAGAGGUCGGAUGAAAAUGCACUCCCCGUUGCACGCGAAGCGAGCGCGAGCUGAGCCGCUCGCUCGGACCGCGGCAGCGCGAGGGAGAUUGGAUCGUUUAAGCUACAACCUUUUUUUCUACAUUAGCUUUUAUGUUUCCCCGUAUAACGUUCCGUUCGCUGCGCGUGUAUCCUCACGAGUGUGCUCGAGACGAGCGCUCGCAUAUGACCCGCGCGUGUUUCGACAUUCCGCUCUUUUGCUCGGAAAAGAGAGCGCGGAAGGUCGUCCGAGCGAUCGUCCGGACGAAAUAGGAUUAUA